AUGGGAUGCUGUUCUUACGACCGUCAAAUUGAAAAUGAUGUAGAUGAUCUUGGAAAUCGUAGCUCAGCAUUUAAUAACCAGUUUACUUCUCUAAAAAUUGUUAGCUCUGGAUCAAUCUCAGAACUCAAGCAAUUUCUUGAUAGAGGAUUUCCCACAAAAUACAAAAUGCCAGCAUUCAAUGGUGCUACUAUAUUGCAUUUGGCAGCAGAAAAAGGCAACGCCAGCAUGAUUAAAUUAUUAAUGGAAUACGGAGCAGACGUAGAAAGUUUUGAUGAUAGGGGAAUGACCCCGAUUUUUUACUCAAUAAAGGGGCGAAAUCAAGAGUGUUUUCGGGUAUUAGUCAAAACUUACAAUGCAAAUAUGAAUGUUGUUAAUUCUUAUGACAAAAGCGUUCAGGAUUAUUUAAAAGAGGAUCCAAAUUUUUUUAAUGGGGAAUUGCCUCAUUAA